CGCGCAUAUGAGAACUCGAAGCCAGCCAUACCCGUCGUGCUUCGUCAACGGGACUCCGUCGGUCCCCCUUCAUGUUCCGCACAACAUGGCCGUAUCAAUUGCUCACUGAACCCCAACAGCUCAUCUGACGGGCCUUCCGCGCUGCCCGCGUCCGCGUUGCUCGAUCAUCGUUUUUCCGACAGACCGACAUCACCAUCUUUACUGCGGGCGCUCUCUCAAGCAGAAGGACAAGCCCCGCUGAGCGACCAUUCAAAAGCCGGGGACGCGAUUCAACGUUGGUGCUGGACUUCUGAGAGCUUGGUGGCAUCUAAGUCUUCUCCUAUGCUGUCAAUAACAACUUGCUCGUUGGACGACCUUUCUAUAUCGUCACUGCGAAACCCGACGUUCACUCAAAGUCCAUCAUCUGCCUCAUGCGGCGCGUCCUCGCCCAUGCUUCCACUUCCCUGAGCUCAAGAAACAUCUCCCGAAAUUCAUGUGCAGUCUCAGCCCGUGCGGAA